UACGAGUACUACUACACUUAUACCUGUUCGAAAUUUGGCCGACACUGCAAAGGUUUGUGCAUCCUAAUAUUACAGACCACAUUUCUUUUACCCCCCCUUCCCCCCCUUCAAUGUUACAUUCUCGUGGAAAAAAAAACAACAACAACAACAACAACAACAAAAAACAAGAAAACAAAACAAAUACUAACAGAAAAAAACCAGACUUUUCUGUGUAUACCGCUUGGCCUCUAGGUGAGAUUGGGUUCUCAGUGAGAAUACAUAAUAUACAGGCUGUCCAGAUUCGUUUUGUAAUAUAAGACGUAGAGAGUAAAUUUCAGUUUUGAGGCGAAUCUCUUCAUCUAUUUCCGUUCGCAAAAUAUUUGUGACUUACCUUGUAUUUUUGAUGUUUCUACCUUUUGGAGCCAUUUCGAAACCUUUUUAAUUUAGUGAGAAUUUUGUGUGAUGCAACUUAAGAUAGUAAUACCAGUUCCAAUAAAUGUAUAUAACGUACUCUCUCUUUUGCUCCGUUUCUAGUCUCUUUUAAUGAACCCCUACCCCCCACCCCCCAUGCAUAUGAUUGGCAUUACAUGCGUACAAGCUAUGAGUAAUUGAUACUACAUAUAUGUGAAUAGGUGAGUUACUUUUUUAUUUUACAGUUCCUUGUACCUACAGAGAUGACUGUAGCUUCGGAAGCUGGGGUAGUUGGCAGGGAAAUAUCAAGGUUAAUAAUCCUGGAUGUUAUAAACAGACCAGAAGCAAACCGUACAACCACCCACUUCAAACUGUGAUGAGGCGUCACGGCUGCGGGGGACUCAACACUAACUGCGCGGCUCCGCCUGUUCAAAGCAGAAUGCAGUGUAAGUAUACGUGUCCCUUCGUUGCUAUAAUAAGGUGCACACGUUCUUUGAAAUCAAGGAGAGUGAAAUGAAAAAAUGUAGUAUAAAUAUUUCUGCCUUCGUUGCUGUAAUAAGGUACACUUUCGACCUCAUCAAGAGACUACCCUACGAGCAGAGGUAUCUCUCAUACAUCACUUUUAGCGUUUACGAGGUCGCUCGCGUCAUUUGUCAAGAUAAAACUAGAAAAAUGAGAAGAAUAAACCUAGAAGAGCUCUCGCAAAAUUGUGCGCAGAGGGAUCAAGAACAAAAACUUUACCCGCUGAAGGUCGCAUAGAAUCUAAAAGCAAUUUUGUUUUCGCGUCUUACUGGAUCUGGUCCUUGUGAAAACCGUAACCCUGCCAUUCCAUUAUAAGGGAACUCUGGAUUCUGGAAUCCCGGAAAGUUUUUCUUGGAGGGAGGCCCUGGAACACUGAGUUGGAAUACAAAAAGCGUUAUCAUUUUUACAAAUUUUGAAACAAUAUUGUACACGUAAUGUUGGAUCUUGAGGGAAACAGUUAGUUUUGUUUUCCCGAGAGUCCUGAUGUUUCCCUCGACUUCGUCUCGGGAAAUUAAACAUCAGGACUCGAGGAAAAACAAAACUAACUGGUUUCCCAAGGGACCUGGCAUUAAGUGUUUUGUUACAUUUCUAGACUUUCACUUCAACGGCAACAAAAGAAUAACCAGAAUGAACCAAAACAGUCGACUCGGUACUUAUAACAACACAAAUUUAAUUCUUAAAGCCACUGAAUGAAUGAUUUACAAAGUACUUUCCUUAUAUUAUCUGGCUUUUUCCUCCAUUAGCUGCUGUUUCUCUUCUGGGAUGACUUUAAAAAUCGUUGCUUUUUAGCUUGAGGCUUCGUGUUUGUGUUCAAGUUGUUGUGCUCAUUCACCAAAAAGAAAACUGGCAGUGUUUUUCAUCCCUUCUGUCUCACCACUUUCCACCAUUCUUUGAUCACGUGCUGAUGUAGCCCAAGCGGGGUACAUUGCUUAAUGUAUCACAAUGGGGAUACAUUUGAUUUUAAUCAACGCCACGUGACCAAGAAUCAACCAAUGGCAGUCCCUGAUUAGCUGAGUGAAAGUCUAGGAAUAUAACAAUACUUUAUGUUUCAUCAGGUGUUUGUAAAAAAGCCAACUGUCAGCCGGGAUCCUGGAAACAGUGGUCAGGGGUCAUAAAGCAGGGUACCUGUGGUACACAGACCAGAAUAAAACCACAGAUUCUGACAUGGACUACAAUUCAGAAAACAGGCUCUUGUUCGGGAGUGCAGACAUCUUGUCCUGAACCUGCAAAGGAGAGUCGGAAGAUGUGUAAGUAUUUCUUACACGAUAAAACGAAAAGUGCUCAACGGUUAAGCUUUGUAAUCUUAUUGUUUUACCCUGUGAUACAGUUUGUCUCUUUAAGUGACGCGAUUUUCUGCCACUGCACUAAAAAAGUCACUUGAAGCUGACUUGAUCAAGUUUUCUCUCAAAGUUUCGCUAAACUUUUCGUUACAUGGACAGAAUAAAGUAACUCAGUAACUCUAAAGUGAGGCUUCAUGACAAUUUCUUUCUUAAGCCGAAUUAUAGACAGUUUCAUCCUACCAUUUCACUUUUAGAGAAACUGCCAACUUGAAUCUCUAAUGUUUGCAGUAAACUUUCUGAUUCUGAAUCUCUCCAAUGACGUACAGCUGUCUAUUUUUAUACGGCUUUAAUCCUGACUAGAAAUGAUAUUAUCAAAAAGAAAAAUAUUUGCAUCUUAUUAGUACUAAACCAAUUGGAAUGGACUUUGUCUUUUUCAGGUAGUUGUUCCAAGGCAGAGUGUUCAUUAGGAGACUGGAGCGAGUGGGAAGGCAAAGUCGAACAGGGUCGUUGCGGCACACAAAAGCGAAGACGGGUAUACACGAAGGAAACUGUUUACGAACAGCACGACAAGCAAUGCCCUAGCCUUCCUCAAAAUUGUCUUGCACCUGUUGAAGAGAGCCGUGCAAUGUGUAAGGAAACAUUAAUUGGGCAUUAUAAUAAUUCAUAUAAACGUUUGGACGUUAAAUCACGUGUACGUUGUAGUUAAUUUUUUAUCUCAGGUAAUUUUUAUUUUUCCUUUUUUUCAACUUCAUUAGCAAUCAUUACCAUACCCAAAAACAAAAUAAAAAUAAAAUUACCUGAGAUAAAAAAUUAACUGCAACAUGUGCAUUGAGCAGGGGUUCCUGGAUUUAGUCGUUUCAUUGUAAUGAGAUGCUUACCUGAUUGUCAUCCGCGCCCUAUUGCAAAGGACACCUCCUCCCGAACGCCGCUGAUUACGAUGUGGACGUUUCUCCUUUUUUUAAUUUAGGAGCGGACGUUUUCGCAUUCCAAGUUAUACUACCAUUUAAAGAGAGUAUACUGAUUAAAAACCAGUUUUCACGAUUGACUUCUAUUAGUUGACAGCUAAUUAAGAUUACUUUCUCUAAAAACUAAGUAGAACCGAACUAACUUUUGACCGUGAUCUAACAAAGUAGGGGGUUAAUACAGAAGUGGCAACUUCUCAGCAUCUAACGUAAAAAAUCACUUGACGGGGGAGAAACUUUACACAGACUCACAGCAGUCGAUUUAGAAAUUGAUCGAGUUGAUGAAUGUGACUCAUCAAGCCUUCUGUCUUGCUAUACAUGUAGGUAGCUGUAAAUAUGCCACAUGUUCGCUUGAUGAUUGGUCCCAGUGGGAACCUCAAGAACUGGAACAUGGUAAAUGUGGUCAGCAGCAAACCCGUAAGAAAACAUAUUCGCUGACUUGGGCUUAUCAGUCGCAUGCGGAACAGUGCCCCUCCCUGCCGCAGACAUGUCCUGAUGACAUCGUUGAAAAGAGAACGCAAUGUAAGGGGAUAAUCAACAUUUUAAACCACUCUAUUCCUCUAAGUAUUAAACAAAACGCACUUAAUUAUAGAGUAUUUAGCAGGAAAAAACUAAUUGGGGACACUAUUUUUACGGCGUCUCCUACUAAAGACGGGACCACUGUUUGUCAUAAGCAGUACCUUCAUUUUGCACUUACAUUUUGAGACCCCCACCCUGGAAUUGACCGCUCCCGACCAGUCCCCGCUUUCUACCGCCAAGAGCUUCCGACUAAGCUAGCCCCAACGUGUUUUUUUUUUUUGACAGAAACUGUUCGAUAUUAGGAGAGUUCUCUCUUGUCGAUAUCCAUUACUGUUUGCUAAACGGCUUCUAAAUAGUAAUGUAGAAAGGAGCUUGAAGAACGUGGUAAACACUUCAGUUGAUCUGAGUAAAGUUCUACAAUAAAUCCACAGUAAUCUGUAAUUAUUUGUUCAUUUAGGAGGUAUGUUUUAAAAAAGUAUACGAGAAUUCUUGUCAGGGUUUGGACAGGUUGAGUUGGAUAAGACAAUAUAUGAAUGAUGCUUUAUCAAGACCUCCGAUGGAGAAAGCCACUGUCUUAGACUAUCUCAAUUACAUCAUUCAUUUUUUAUUUUUCAACAAGAAACGUGUUAAUUGAAAAAUUUAGAAUCAGACUGAGUCGAUGCUAAUGACAAUAUUAAUACUAAUACACAUUCAUUAUAUUUAUUGGGCCAAUUUUCGAGUUCUAAAAACCCUCACUUUCGAAACGAGGGUAAGUGCAAAAUCUUCCUUGUGACAAUGAGUUCAUUUGUAUGAGAAUAAAAUAUCUUUUUCAUAACAAUAGCUUCGCACUUAUCCGAGAGGCUUGGGACAACUCGGUUUUUAAUACAGUUAAUACAGUUUUUUUUUUGCAUAAAAAGGCAAAUGCGUUUAUAGAGACUCCUGUGACGUAAGGGCAUGGAGCGAAUGGGAUAAACCACUGACCGAAGAAGGCUGCCAAGUGCAGACACGAACCAGAAGCUACGUUUAUCCCCUUAAACAUUCUGUGCAGAAGGACUGCAGUGGCUUGCUAACAUCUUGUAUAACAGAACCAAAGGAAAGCAGGAACUAUUGUAAGUACUUUUCGAAAAUAACUAAUAUAGUACGCGCGCUCUGAUUGGUCGAGAGGCGUGUUUGUAUGAGAGUAUGUAAACAUGGUUGUGAGGUCAAGAUGUUUUGCUUUUCGCGCGCAAAUCACGCAAGCACGAAUUUGAAAAAGGUUUCGAGUUGAAAAACUCGACAAGUUUACUUUAUUUACCAAUUUCCUCGUCGGUUGAAACUUGAAAAAUCUUUAGAAACAUGCUGUGUCAAUUUUUUUUCGCUUGAGCUGACAUUUUAAGGGAGAAAAACCCCUAUUUUAGAAAGCAUCUUUUUUGCAAAACAAAGACUGAUAACGUGUACAAGGUUAGUGUACAAGACUUCGCGACUGGUAAGAAUUUCUCUUUUAAUCAUUGCUCUAAACAAGAGAGUUUUGCUUUUUUCUCGGGAAAGUUAUUUUAUAAAAGCAAAAGAAAACUUUCUUUCUUGUGUUUGCAUAUCCUGAUAUAAACGCUCGAGGGGUUGGGAGAAUUCUCGACAGCUAUGCAAACCCUCGACUUCGUCUCGGGUUUGCAUAACUGUCUCGAAUUCUCCCAACCCCUCUCGUGUUUAUAUCAGGCUAUGCAAACACGGAAAACGUUUUCUUUUGCUUAAGAAGAACUUAAGAACCCGUGCACUUAAACGUUGGCACAAAAAGGGCAACUAUACAGCAGUUCUGCAUCAGCUGAAAUCAAGUAUACAAGAUAUGUGAACAAACUUCUUGAACGAAGACAAGGAAAAGCUUUGUCAGGGUAUCCAGUACGACAAUUUAUGUAAUUGCUUCCCCUCUAUUGAUUCGCUUGAAAACUUUCGCUCGGGCCCCAGUUUUUAAAACAUUAGAUAGCGCUCUCCACAAGAUAAAUCACUAUCCAGCGGAUAAUAUUAGGAAAACCAAUCAGUUGAGUCACCCACUGAACAGAGAGAGAUUUAUGCAGAGGAUAGCAUUAUCCACCUUCAAGAAAAUUGGGGCUUUCCCCUAUGGAUCUCCUACCUCCCAGAUCUAAUUGUGAAUGUCCACCGGAACCCAUCCCUACCUUUAACACAGCUUAAUUUUUACUCAUAAUUCUUAAACCCACUUUACUUUUUUAAUUUCAUCGUUGCUUCUGUAACUAAGAAAAUGCAAUUUUUUGACACAAGGCAAGUGCAAACACGUAGCGUGUACACUGGCUGAAUGGUCCAAUUGGAGCAGUGCCGUCCUGGCAGUAGGGCGGUGUGGGAAGGAGAAAAGAAUCAGACAUUAUGUUGCUGAGGAAAAGUUCACUUUUGCCGAAAAUUGCGACGGACUCACAACGUCAUGUCCUGCCAGUCAAGAGGAAUCAAGAACGAUGUGUAUGUUUAAGUGUUUUUAAGUUGUCUCUUAAUUCUGCAAGCUUGUUUUAGAAUUUAUUGGUUAUAGAAUUUCUAUGAGAAGCCCAUUAUUCUAAGCCUUCGGGCCGUUCUAGAGGAUCUCAUGGAUAACCUGUGCGCGCCUAAAAAUUGCCCAGAAAAAUCUGGCCGAGACUUCAGUUUUUGUGAAAAAACGGAAUGUCUUUAUUCGCAGUACACUUUCUGGGGUCAUGCAUUACUGUUUAUUUGAGAACAAAUCUUAAUUAAUAAAUAAAAACGACAAAUUACUUUGAAGAUAAUUAAGGAAUACGGGAUAUCAUUUUGAGCUAAAACAUUGAAGGCUAACUUCAAGUUAUGUGACUGUUUUCUUUUCUGUGCGCAGGCAAAUGCCCGUAUGUCACGUGUGACAUUAGUGACUGGAACCCAUGGCAAGGAGCGCUUCCCGCUGAUAGCUGUGCACAGCAAAUAAGAACAAAAAACGUUACAGAGAAACAACACGAAAAGAUUCAAGCUGCAAACUGCGACGGCUUGCAAACAAACUGCCCCCCCAUUCCUCAGGAAACAAGGCAGUGGUGUAAGCUUAACUUAAUAUUUCUACGAAGUUAAAGCUGAAAUUGUUGAUAUAAAAGCAGUACAGUGUUAUUACAGUUUUAAUCGCUGGAAUGUGUGAUGAAUGUAUUCGUAUCGUUUUCACCGUCUUGAAACACGUUACAAGAAUUACGAGAAGCAUUUGCUGAAAUACAGCGCAUUAGGCGUUUAUUUUCUUAAAGAGAAGUCAUUAAAGGAGCUGCGUUAUGAAGUCCUUCAAAAUCCGAACCAUGGAAACCGCCACCAUAUUAAGUGAAACAUGAAAAGACCAGCUCAAAACAGUAAAUGAAAGUAUAAAAUAACGCAGUAAAUAUAAAAGGAGGAACGGAUGGACAAAUUUAAAGAAGAUUGAAACGGAUUGCAAUUACUAGGUUUUUGAAAACUUGUUAGCUUAACAAUUUUUCAGAGUUCAUUCUUUUUGCAUGUAGCUUUUGAUAUAAUGCUGGGGAAAAAAAAUUGUUUGACAUGAAGCAGUGAUUUUUUCAUUUGCGAGUAAUUUCUUUGCUGACGGUAAGUUCCAUUGAGAAUAAGGCUGACGCGUUAUUGACAAUAUUAACAAAUUGAACUAGCACAGUCGUGACACAGCCCCUUUAAGUUCGCGUAAAGGAGAUACGGCUCUAGCGCUCUAAGAUUUCUGUGCUAUCAAAAAAGUAGCAUUUUGCUGAAGCAGAUUUUGCCUAUAGUGUGUAUGGUAUUUAAUAGUUUCAAUAUUUACCAAGUUUAUUUGCAAGUUUUCUCGCAGACGGCGAUGUAUCCAAGACGAAGGGCUGGAUGAAAAAUUCAUUCGGACCACUUAACUGGAAACGAAUAAGUGUAUCUAUCAAGUAAUGAUUAUUGAUGUCACAGGAAUUUUUAUUUUUAGGUAACUGUUCCUUCAGAGAAAACUGUUUGUUAAAUGACUGGAGCGACUGGACUGGAAAAAUUCCAAACGGAGGAUGCGCAGUGCAGAUUCGAACACGUGACUACAACAAAUCCAUUGAAUAUUUUGAACGAGAAACAUGUGACGGACUGGACUCUUGCCCUGUUAUAAGAGAGGAGACUCGAACUAAAUGUAAGUAAAGGAGAUAGUGGUGCCAGUUUGGUUCACAUCACAUGAGGCCCCUAACCGUGCCCAGAGCCUUAGCAGGCAACACGACAGUGACCGUUAUCAUUCAAUUUUAACGGUUAGAUACACAGGUCUGUUUUAUCUGAAAUAGAGAAUAAGGGUUACCAGAAGCAUUCCUCACCCCCUCCACCUCAAACAAUUCCCCAAAGUACCGUCCCCAGGCCUAGUCGUGUUUUAAGUUUGGUUCUUAAUUGCAUUUCGGUACAUAAAAAGUGAUAUUUAAUUAUGACCUAUCUAUUUAACUGACAGAGAGAAUUCUCAGUUGGGUUUGUAGCGUGGCCCAAGAUGUUUGUCACUAAUUUUAGCCGGUUGCGAUAAACCAUAUGAGUCACCAUUUAACUACUAAAAUCCUCAUGCUAUAUUCGUGUAGUACUGCUUAUUAUUCUGUGCAAACUCACAAACGUUUUCCAGCGUUUAAGGAUGUAAAGGGUGCGGCCAAUCAUUUAGUAGGUUAUAAUCAGAGAGCGAACUGUUCGGUUGAGGGUGAGGUUCAUUAACUUCGACAAUGCGCAUAUUCACUGAAUAAAAGUUGAUGUAAGUUACAGCGCUGUUAGUUUGUUGACAUUUAUAAAAUGAUCUGAGGCAAAUUAGCAAAGUUAAGGGUGUUAUAAAAUGUUCCCGGCAAAUGCCGUUAUUAAAGAGUUGUUAAUAUUUCGCAUUCAUUAGUUAUCACAAUAAAGUCGUGUUGUAUCGAAUUACAAUGUAAUUACUAACAAUACAAACUUUUCGAUUAUAUAAAUAAUUGAUGAUGAUAAUUUGUACUGCACAGGCAACUGUAACGAGGUCAUCUGCUCCUGGGGAAACUGGACACGGACCAACUACAACCCUGAAACUAACUGUUAUCAAGAAAUAAGAGUCAAAAAUGAGUCGAGUGGCUUUAAAGUAGUCGAGCAAUCAGAAAACUGCGAUGGUAUAUCAAUCCAGUGUAGUAGCCCCGAGAUUGAGAAACGAGAGGAUUGUAAGUGAAUCACUUUGUUUUAAAAGAAGUGAGAAAUUAUCCUAGCAAUAUGAGUUAAAUUAAACUCAAUUUAUUUGUAGUUUGAAGCAAAAAGUGUAGUUCACUACUUAAAACAAAAAAAAAAUGCAUGAAAAACCGAUCAAUAUGGUCGUGGCUACCAUGAGUGCCUAAAAUUGACCUAAAUCGUAAAAUAAAUUCGAAAAUAAGAUAUUGCGAAUCAAUAAAGUUUUGCAAAUUAUUUCUCAAGGCUUCUCAAUUCUCAUCUGAAAAUGGUAUCAAAGAUUUAUCAAAUUAAAUUAAUAACCAUGCACUAUGCAUUCGCUUUUCGAUUUUGAGCUGAGCCGUUAGGGUUAAAUGGAUUGUUUCAGAUAGACAAAUUUACGUUUCCUAUUUCCUGACGAAGCAUUUUUCUCGUCGUAUGCAAGCCUGACUAUAGUAUCUUGGAAAUAAGGAAACCAUCUUUGAAGCAGGAAACAAAUACAAGGCGAAUUGUGAUCACUUGGGGUAAAAUCCAAGAAAACUUAACUUAAUUUGACUUCUGUCUAUUAAUUUUCUCUUACCAGGUAUAAGUGGUGGUGGUGGUCAUGUUAUACACACCAGUGAGGCUCCUCCAACAACUGAGCCUUCGACCACAACAGUGGCUCCGACAACGGGAUGUAAGUCUACGUUAGUGUUUUUUUUUUUGCACUUGUCAGUUUCUAACUAGCUUUGAGACAACAACUUUUAAGCGACCUGUUCUCCCGUUCAGCAUCGUAGCUCAAUCUGUAGAGCGCUGAAAAAGGUUGAAGACGAGAUUUCAUACCGUAAACGAUUUUAUAGACGGCCUCUAUCAAAUAAACGCCUCAGUCAUGUCAAGUUUGCUUUAGACGCCCCUCUCAAGUAAACACCCCCUGUCUAAUAGACACCCCUUAUGGCAGUUUGUCUAAAAUACUAGCAAAGGAGUGAAAUAGAGUAAAAUCGUUCAAUUUAUUCAGUGUCUUGUCUGAUUAACAAUAGUUUGCCGCAUCGCAUUUUGUUAAGUGUCAAGCUCAAAGCAAGGAUUCUGACAUCGAAGUGGAGAUUUUUAACGAUCUGGAUCUCUAAACGGCCUGGACGUAUCAAUGGAUGGCCUGGGUAGACUGCAAUUUAUAACAUACUAUGUAUAUUAUUUUUUUUGGAGUUUCAUAAGCAGGUGAAGCCUGAUCGUCAGGGUGAUCGUAGUCCUGAAUUAAGCACUGUUCUUUGUGCGGUAGUGAUCUUCAGAGUCAUCUUCUGACUACCGCGCCAGCCUACUUCACCUACUUAUGAAAUGACUCCUGUGUUGAAACCUUUCAUAGUUUUGUGGAGAUUUUUACAUAAAUGACAAAAAUGCCUCUCACUUUUAAACACGUCCGGAGUAUCUGUUUAACGCCCCUCUUGGGCUCCAAAAAAUUAAAUCCGACACUCUGGGCGUUUAUAACUGAGAUCAGAUACGGUACCUCUUUCCGGCAGAUGUUUCGAGGAGCGACUAAAUGAAUUUCUCAUUAUGCAUGAAACUUUUGAUUUGAUUUUGUUUAAUUUAAUAUCACUUUAGUUCAGCCAGCCACUUUUGUGUCACUUGGAUGCUUUGCCGAUACUAAGGAUAAGAACAAGCAUCCCCGUGCUAUGCCAAUUUUAUAUGCCAACUUCAGAAGUUCUAUUGACUGGUAUGAUCUGUCGAAGACAGUACAGGCAUGUGCAGAGGAAGCCAAGACGAAAAGGUGACUUCUGAAAAGAAAGUUAUUUCUAACCCGGGCAUGUUGGGUAGUUUCAACACAACACAGAUGUAUUAUUUAAAGGAUUUACUAGGUUUAACAUCGUUGUCGUUGUAAGGUAGAAACAUACCGGGCUUUUCUGUAGUUUUUUUUUUCCAGGACUAUACACUCUACGCUAGCUGGGGGUGGUCACUGCAAAAGACUAUAACGUCUCAAUGGUUACUCCAUGUCUUACAAGGCCACAUUGAGUGAAAGGAUUGCAACAACAACAACAACUUUAUUUCCACUAUACCCGGACAUCUAAAAAAUUUACAAGAGUGAAUAUAAUUAUUAAUAACAAUACAUGCAGCAGCUGGACACCCCAAAUAACUGUAAAGCUAAACUAGUUGGAUAAUCAUCAUUAAUUCUAAUAACUGAAAAUGUGCAAAGCCAGGAAAGAGGCGUAACUAAUACAUUGAUAAUACACAUAAAUAUUCAGUAUAAAUUUGGUACAAAAGUAAAUAUGCAGAACAAAACAAAAACUGAAAAAUGAAAUAUCUAAAUAUCAGUAAAGAUUAAUGGAGGGGGGGGGGGAGGGAUUGAAGCUAGUGAAACGUGAAGUUAGUUCUUUUGUAAAUAGGUUGGAGGUCCUUACUGGAUGGCGUUUCGUUUGUUACAAGAUAAACGGACACAAUACACCAAAAAUUAAAGAAACAAACUGUUAGAAUCUGCAUUAAAAUAAAGCAACAACUGGCAGAAGAAGCAAGAGGCAGAACCCGCAGUAAGCAAAAAACAUCUCUGCCAUCUUUACUGAGCGCUCACCGACUGAGAAGUCUCCAACCAUCUUUGACUACUAUUCAAACAUAGACUCGCACCACUUUCUAUACACCUUUGGAGCCUUCGAUUGACCUGAAAGAACUAAAUAGAAGACGAAAACCAUUUGUAAUCAUACAUUAGUGCACUCUUCCCAUUAACAAACAACAAUCUAUCUUUGAUUCAGAUUAGCCUCCCCGCAGACGUCCUUUGGGGUUCGUUUGUCACGCAUUCAUUUCUCCCCCACGGAUUGAGGCUAUGAUUCAGAUAUGAUUAUCCUCAUUUUCACGCUAUGAACUCAAACGAUACGAAAUCAAUACUCUUUCUCUUUAAUGAUGUAGAUCCUUUUGUCUGCAAAAAAACUGGCCACUUUAUCUUUCUGGCCUCCAAAAUACGGGCAAGUAGAAUCGUAAACGUAGCCGCUAUAUAACUGGAAAAGUUCCUGAAUAAUAAUUUUUUUAACACUGAUUAUUUCUUAAUAUCAUUGACUGAGUUAUUAUCUUCCCUUUCACUUUUAUAAUCAUAUGGAAAUGCUAAUAAAUUGAAUUGCCGAAGAGGAACAUAUAGAGCAAUCAGGAGGAUUCAUCCAAAAAACCUGCUAUUCCAAUUCUUGAAUGAUAAGUAGACUGGGUAUAUUUUUAACAUUCAUCAUCAUCAUCAUCAUCAUCAUCAUCAUUUAUUAGCCUUUUUUUUCAAGCAAAUAUAACAGGAUGCAGCAUGCUUGAAAUAAAACGCUAAUAAAGCUAACCAAUGUGCGAUAUAUUUCCUAUUUCGAAAUUCAACAACAAAGGAACAACUUACAACAACAGCCAAACGUAACCAAAAUCAUCGAGGGGAAAGACAGAGAGUGGUGAGCAGAAGUUUACCUUGAGAGCUUAUAUUUGGGCAUUCCGCAAUCUUAAUAUUUGCGGCCUGAAAAUAGCAUAUAUAUAUACACUGAUAUAUUCUGCUAUAAUUCAAGUUUGUUUUAAUUACUUUUUUACAUAUUAAUAGGCUGGAAUAUUUUUCGGUGCAGUUUUACGGUGAAUGUUGGAGUGGAGCCAAUUCAAAGCAAACGUUUGCGAAGUAUGGCGAAAGUGACAAAUGUUACCAAGGAGUUGGAAUGGAGAAAACCAAUGCCGUCUACCGCUUAGAGAACAUGCCCGGUAAAUUUUAAGUUUUGUCUGUGAUGCCUAAGGCCCGUUUGAAGAAAGUUUAUGUGUCCCUGGGGCUAGCUAACUUUUCACAUACAUUUCCUUACAAAACUUGGCGAACGGUUUACAUGACAAACAGAAUGCUUGCUAGAGAAGUGAUCCGCAUACCCGAGUCACCCUUUUUCGAUGGUAGGGCCUACAUUUCGCUUUAGGAACACUUUGGCUCUCCCAGCUUGGUAAACUCGAACAGGCGAGGCUAUCAAAGCAUGCGCGCGCGCUGUUUUAGAGAAUCAGAGCAUGCACGAGAGCUGUUGGGUCGGUAGGGGCGAACUUUUUGCUCAUAUAAACGGCGCUCGCUAAAGUUGACUCGGCUGGGAGGGUGACCCUCUUUCCCUGGACGACUUCUUUUUCAUAUAAACGAGGCCUAAACCUUUUUCGUUUUUUACGUUCUCGUUCCCCGUCGCAGUCAUCGUUGCUAAAGCUUCCCGAAUAUUUAUCGAUUGGUGAAAACGGUUCCGAGUAAGUUUUUAGUGUAACCGCCUGCAAAUACGGUAACAUUUUUGACUCCAAUAAAAACUCCUCGCCAGUAAACUAUAGAUUUUAGUCUUAAACGCUUUGCAUGUCACGUACACUUUUUAUUGCCACUUUUAUGUGUGACAAUAGCUGAAUAAAACCAUCAGAUCGUUCUGCUUGUUAUACAAUUUUUAUUUUUUGUAGCUUGUUCUUCGGAACUGCAAUUCAGUGCAUCUGUCAGCACUGGAGACGUCAACGGCCAUACUUGGUGUGCCGGUGACGCCGCUGAAUAUCAGUGGAUAGUUGUAGACUUGGGCGGUGAACGUAAGAUUACCGGUAAGCGAUGGAUUUCUGUUUUCCACUAUACAAUGCUAUUUCCAAAGUGUCGUCUUCUCACCGGAAGGGUCGAGUCGUGAUUCAAAUUGGUCGCCCUCUUAUAGACCCGCUAUUUUGGAUCUUAAUUUUAAAGUAAUGAAGUCACGAAUUCCCUCUCUGCCAGCGGCCAAGUGGUAAGAGUGCCCGACUGGUAUCUGAGAAGCACGGUUUCAAGUCCCAUUUUUCUUACACCGGCACCAGAAGAUGUUUUCCUAAUCGGAACGUAAAAGCGUGAAACAAAAGUAAGGUUGAUGAGUUUGUCGGAAGGAUACUACUUGAAUAAAUUAUCAUCAUCAUCAUCAUCAUCUCUUUAAUAUUUGUUCCUAUUGUUGCUGUUGUUGUUGUCGUUAUCUGUAGUGGAAAGAACUCAACAGUACGUGUCAAAACAGUCACCAAUCAUUCUUGACCCCCGCGAGCUUUGUGUGCCUCCGUUGACUUUUUAUCCCAGAUUAAGGUACGAUAUUCAACCAAUUUUUAAACAUGCAUAUCUUACGUGUAUACACAGGUGUCGGAACACAGGGUGGUAAUGUAGACAGUUGGGUAACCCUGUACAAACUGGAGUGGAGCGAGGAAGGGGGAUCAUGGAAAACCUAUCAUGAGGGUGAUCAAGAGGUAUUGCAACCGUAGCGAUUUAUGGCCCUGAAUGUAGUAACGUAUAACUAUAGCAUUACCCAGGUGCGCAUGCCGGUCAAGUCCAAAGGAAUUAAUGUAAUGUCAAAUAAUAUAGUUUCCUAAUAGUCUUGAUUUAGCAACUUGUCAUUUGAAUUUCUCUCCAUUACGAAAUUUUACGCAAAAUGCAGAAAUUAAAACGUAUUCUGGUUUUACAAUUAAUAAUUCUUCAAUUCGGCUUUUCCGGUAUGAUAUGAAAAACUCUGCAGAUUGGGUUAUUCGCCGAGGCCGAAUUAUUUUUCAUUCAUUCAAAAUAUUUCUAAGUAUAUUUAACACCCUUACCUCCUUGUAACCUUCUUCUCGGCAUUUUGAGAAUAUAAACCUGGACAUGUUUUUCCUUUGCAGAUAUUACAAAAAAAAAGCAGUUUAAUAUCCAUCGAGAAUUAUUUCUUCGUGGCAGAGCUUUAAACGCUUUUGACGUUUUCUUGUGUUCUGUCGGCUCAUGCCAAAACAUUUAAGUUGCUGAGUCGCUGUCUGAUUGCGUGACUUCAAUGGCAGAAUAUCUGCAAUAUACUGUGACUGACGUCACAAGUUAGUAUUCCGAUCUAUAAUCUAGCAUCUUCCAAAUUUGGUUAGCGUCAGCAAAUUAUAAAGAAUUAGGUGCGUAGAUAAACGGAGAAAUAUUUUGAAUAAGAAAAAUUGCCUUCAAGAAGUCAUGCUUUCCGGGUUGAUCGUGAUUACUUAGCCCAUUAAAUGUAUUUAAACGUCAAAGCUAGGGCAGAAAUCUAUUAGUCAUGAUUGAAUGUAAAUAUUACAAAUAUAUACGUCUGGGAUCUUGUUUACUGUGGGUAAUGUCGACCGAGAUAUCGGUCGAUAUAGCGGUCGAUAUAGCGGUCGACACUCGGUCGAUAGUCGGUCGACACUCGGUCGAUAGUCGGUCGACACUCGGUCGACAGUCGGUCGAUAGUCGGUCGACACUCGGUCGAUAGUCGGUCGACACUCGGUCGACAGUCGGUCGAUAUAGCGGUCGAUAGUCGGUCGAUAGUCGGUCGAUAGUGGGUCGACACUCGGUCGAGACACGGCCGAUAGUCGUUCCAGAUGUGUCUCGGCCGAUAUAGCUUUUCGUUCACCGACACUUCGCCGACUUUUCGCCGACAUUUCGCCGACAUUUCGCCGACACUUCGCCGACACUUCGCCGAUACUUGGUCGAUAGUUGGUCGAUACUUGACCGAUGUGUCGGUCAGUAAUUGGUCGACACUCGGUCGAUGGUUGGUCGACACUUAGCAUUUCCUACAUUUUCCUACAUUUUUGCGGGACCACAGGAGCACCAGAUUCAACUUAGGCUGAGACAGGUUCUGUUUAACAGCUAAAACUCAGACGAUCGGUGAUGAUACAAACUGGAAAAAAAAAGGUUAUCAUGUCCUUAGUUCCCAGUGCUCUUCGGUUCUCUUCAUAGCGUAAUCGCGCCUUGCACUGCCACAUGUUCCCCAUCGCAUGAUAACAGUAAUUAAUGACGUCUUUGCUUAAAAAAAAGCCAUUGGACUCACCUGAUAAAUUAACACACGACUAAUAUUCGAACGAUAGUUGACCAAUAUACCACCGACAGUUCACCGAUAUACCACCGACAGUUGACUGAUAUACCACCGACAGUUGACCGAUAUAUCACCGACAGUUGACCGAUAUAUCACCGACAGUUGACCGAUAUAUCACCGACAUAUGACCGAUAGCAAGUCGAGGUGCGUCGACGAAAUAUCGACCGAUACUCGGCCGAUAGUCUAUCUCACUAUCGACCGACUAUCGACCGACUAUCGACCGACCAUCGACCGACUAUCGACAGACUAUCGACCGACUAUCGACCGACUGUCGACCGACUAUCGACCGACUAUCGACCGACUAUCGACCGACUGUCGACCGACUAUCGACCGACUAUCGACCGACUGUCGACCGCUAUAUUAACCGAGUGUCGACCGCUAUAUCGACCGCUAUGUCGACCGAUAUCUCAGUCGACAUUACCCACAGUAAACAAGAUCCUACGUCUGUGCGUCUGAUUCAUUGCUUGAAAUGAUAGAUCUUCCCAGGCAAUUCAGACCGAUUCACUUUAGAGACGCAGUGGUUGAUAAAGCCAAUUACUGCUGGAUUCCUCCGCUUCAAACCAUUGUCCUGGACUUCAACACAUGUCUGCAUGAAGAUUAAGGUUUACGGGUGCGCUGUAUAAGGUACGUGUAAAAUUACGAAAGCUUAGUUAAAUGAAGAUUUGCGUUUCAUAUUUUUGUCCUUUGUUCAAAUUCUCAGUAACAUAUAGUCAAAAACAUCAGAUACACAAAUUUAUUGACUGAUUAUAGUACACCACAGACUGAAUAAAGCUUAGAAUGAGAUCGGAGUCGCAAGAAAAUCAUGUGUAAAUCGAGAAAUUCAUAAAUACCAAAAAAAUAAGAGGAGCUCGACGGAAUCCGAAUUGGUAGAGUCAGAACGAUUCGGAUUCCGCUUACGUAUUCCUAAGGUGCUUUCGAUCUAGUGAAACCUAGAUUGUCGGAGUCGGAAGAAGCGGAAAAAUUAAGCAAUGACUCUUUACUUAAGUGGUUUAGUUCUUCCGUUUCUGCUUGCGUCUAGUUUCCAUUAGAUUGUUUGCGACGGAGUCAAAAGCGCAACCUGGACACAUUUUUAACCAAAUCGAAACGCUCUUCGCUGCUGAUUACGACUGUCUGUCGCAUUAGUAAAGACCAUUCCUUUAUUAUAAGUGGAGCAAAAUAGUUUCACUAAGUUCUUGGUAAGGAGCUCAAAAUAACGAGAUUUUUAAAUUCUAAUUAGGUAUUCUAGUAUCUAUGUCAACCAUUUUUGUAUUUGCUGGGUGUUUAGAAAAAAUUGUUAUAUGAUUAUCCCGACUUCUACCUCAAGUUCAGGGCCGUAGCUAUGUUUACGCCAGUAAGCACUUGCUUCCCUGGAAAAAAGUUUCGAGUUAAAUAAAAAGCAAAGCAAAGGAGGUAAACGAAGGUUACUUGAAAACGGUGUUUUUAACCUUUUUUAACAAAAUGCUGUGUUUUUCUCCGAUUUUUCCUCACGAAAGAGACGUAAUUUCUGUCUGAAGAACUUAGUCCUAACAUAAAAAAAAUUAUCAACCUUACGUGAAACGUGUGAAAACUCUCUGAAGUUCCCUUGUCUGAUGUGUCACCACUUUUGGAAGGUCUUGAUAAUAAUUUAAGGUUAAAAGCUUACUUAAGAAGUUCUUGUUCUUUUGGGGAAUAAGCAGUUAUUCAAGAUCUGAAACGGCAAAUUCUUCGAGUCGUCAUAUUUGAGGUCAUGCGAAACUAAAAAUAAAAAAAAAAAGACUGAACCCACAAUUGAAAUACAUCGUGGUUGUGUUUUAAUGAGAUCUUUUAAAGAAGAAAAUUAACGUUUUCGUAUUUGAAAAUUUCUUCCUCUUAUCAGUUGAACAAUAAUUUACUAUAAUACAGAACGCCUUGGUCAAACAUUCAGUGUUGCAUUUGUGAAAAAGCCACGUUCUAAGUCUUCUCAGAAUAUUUCAGCCUAAAGCCUUUUUCCUUUGAAUUCUCAAAAAGGUAAGCAGCUUUAAAUAAGUUGCAUGCUAAUGGUUUUCUUGAAUCUUUCUUAUACAUAGACGAAACCUUGGAUGGAAGCUUACCAGAGGGAGCAUUUUUAUAAUACUACAAGUACCAUCAGCCGUUUCGAUCAGUUCUAAUAAUGGCUUGUAAUGUUUAGGGGCAUAUUUCUAGUUAGAUGUUCACAGUGAAAAUAAAGAAAAAGGGACCAC